UCCAGACAGACGUCAUUCCGCCAAGACACGCAAGCUGUUCGCUGCCCCUGAAAUGUGCGACUUCAAUUGGCCACGCCGGCAGCUCUUCACAGGUGUCUGUUCUUUCUCCCAACCUCGCACGCAGUCUGACAUGAACCUUCGCCGCUCGAGUGGAUGAAAAAAAGCAAAAUGUGGAUUCUACCACUCCUCGGAUAUCUCGGCUCCGUCGUGGGCUUCUGCUUCAUGACGCUUGCCAUAGCAUCUGGGCUCUACUACCUCUCUGAGCUUGUCGAGGAACACACCGUGAUGGCCAAACGCUUUUUGACGCGGCUGAUCUACUCCAUCAUGGCGCUGCAGCUCCUGCUCUGCGUGGUCGACCGAUUCCCCUUCCUGCCGACGCUCUUGGGCAUCUUUUCGCACUUCGUAUACCUGGGGAACAUGCGCCGCUUCCCCUUCGUUAAACUGACGGAUCCGCUGUUCCUGGCUUCUUGCGUUCUCGUCCUGCUCAACCACUACGUUUGGUUCAAGCACUUCUCCCAUCACCAGGAGCGCGCCUACCAGAACAUGACUUCGUACUAUGACACCCCCGACGACAUUCCCUCUUUCACCGAGAUCGCCUCCUACUUUGGCCUGUGUGUCUGGCUUGUCCCCUUUUCCCUGUUUGUCAGCCUCUCGGCGAGCGACAACGUGCUUCCCACCAUGGGCAGCGAGCCGUCGACAUCGGCUGCUGCUGGCAUGGUCGACACUGGAAACGCGAGAAGACGUGGCCAGGGAUUGGUCAAGGCAUUGGUGGAUAGCGUUCGCGGGGCCAUCGGGGAAGUGACUGCCACGUUUGGGUGGAAGAAGCCGGAGGAUCGACUGUAGGAGCUCUCAGUUGCCAUGCUGUGACUAUUAAAAACGGCGUUAAAAACGGCUUGAUUUGGACGGGUUCUGCCUAGCUGGUCCCA